AUGGUAACUGUGCAAACUGAAACCCCCCCUUCGAAACCUUCGAAGCAGUUUUGGAAGACAUUUUUAAGUAACCCCAAAAGUAUAUCCAGUGAUUCUUUAAUGGGGAAUCAAUCAGAACAGUCUGAUUAUGGAAUGAACUCGUCAACAAAGUUACUUAGGAGACCAACUAUUACUUCUAAAAAUAUUAGUGCUCCUUCUAAGUCAGAAAAGACAAAUAUUUCAUCCAUGGAAGGUCAAAAUCAAAAAAUGAAUAACGAUGCUAAUUUUAAAAGCCAUAGAGACGAUUUCAUCUUGAAUAAACAUGGAUUUACUGGUACUGUAUUUGGUACUUCAUUGGAAAAUUCACUCAGAGUUGCCAGUGCUGAAGUUAUAGUUCAAAAUGAGUUUGUUACUUUUGGUAGAAUACCCAUCGUAGUGGCUAAGAGUGGUGCAUAUUUGAAAGCAAACGCAUUGGAUGUAUCUGGAAUAUUUAGAAUAUCUGGGAGUAAUAAAAGGGUAAAACAAUUACAGCACAUCUUUUCAACACCGCCGGAUUACGGUUUAAAAUUCACAGAAUGGGAUACAUAUACAGUUCACGAUAUCGGUACACUCUUAAGAAGGUAUUUGAAUAACUUAGAUGAACCUCUGAUACCAUUGGAUCUAUAUGAGAAAUUUAGAGAACCCUUGGAAUCUAAACCAAAACUUAUGAAAUAUAUAACGGAUAUGGGAAGUCAACCUCGAUUAACAGUGAAAUCCAAUGAUGAUAAACCAGAGGAAUCAAUAGAACAAAAGAAAAAAGAGAAAAAGAGGAAGAGGAAGAUUGCGAAAGACAUUAAACAGACGAUUCUUGAAUAUCAGGAAUUAUUUUCACUAUUAUCAAGUGAAUCAAGACAGCUAACUGUAUAUCUUUUAGAUCUUCUGAGUUUAUUUGCGAAACAUUCUGAAAAAAAUCUAAUGACUGGUAAGAAUUUAUCUGCCAUUUUUCAACCGUCAAUGUUAUCUCAUCCUAACGAUGAUCUAGAUCCAAAACAAUAUGAAAUAUCAAGAAUUGUACUUGAAUUUUUGAUCGAGUUCUCUUAUAAAUUAUUACCAUAUAUAUUGAAACUUAAAACUGAAGGACAAAUAAAACACAAGGAUAGCACCCCGGAAACUUCCCUAACAAAUGAACAAAUAAAAAACACUACUUCUUCCAGCUUUAUAACCGAUAAUGAUAUAAAUAAAACAGAAACAGAAAAUAUAAAUGCUAUUGAUGCAAAUGGAAUAUCCGAUAAACAUUUGCUGAUACCAAGACAUAAUGACUCAAACAGAAAUGCUAAGAACUCUCAUAACAGAAAAUAUUCAAAAUCUUUCAGCUCCGUUGCGAAUCCAUCUGAUGUUAUUGAUCACAAUAAAAGCUUCACGUUAACUAGUGAAAAUAUAACUGAUUCUGGUGAAAAUAUCGAAGAUGACCUAGAUGGAAGUUCUGAAGAAUCCAAUUCUUCAAUUGUAUCCUCAUUAAACAAUGAUGAAGCCGUAUCAUUGGCUAACGAACCAAAACUACAUGUAACAAAUGUGGUAAUUAAUGGUUCCCCAGAAAGGCAAGGCCGUAGAAGUAGAAGGUCCUCCUGGUUUAGCAAACUAUAUAGCCGAUCGACGUCCAGAUCUAAUUCGAUAUCCAUGUCCAGAUCUAAUUCACAUCACUAA